UUGUCACCAUAUUUCUGAGUAUCACUGUACAUCGAGUAAUCUAAGCCUCAAAAUCUGCUUAUGCUUAAGAACCAUCAAUAUUCUUUAUUAAAACCUUCUCUGAAGUUAGCUUCUAUAAAUGUCCUGGCCUCUUGUUUGUCUUCUUUAAGAUCUGUGCUAAUAAGAAUCAUUAACCCAAGGUCUCUUUAAGAGACUUGUCCUUAUGUAGGGUUUUCUGGUAGAGGAUUUAUGUCUUCAUGCUUUUCUUGGUCUUAUCUAAAAAUCCGGAUUUACGAGGAUUUACCAUUUUACAUCCACUAUAUUAUCCUCUUAAGGUUCUCUUUUGAUACUUUUUAUACAUAAGAGUUCUCUAGGUUUUUUGAAUGUCCAGAAUAAGACUCUCACUAGGAUCUUGCUUCAAGCCUUAGUCUGUGGUCGCUUUCACUUCUGUGAGUUACUUCUAAAGAAUUGGGGUGUGUUCUUCAAGUCUAGGAUAUCUGUAUAUCUCUGAGUAAUAAUAAGCAUGUAUUCUUCAAUCUUUGUUGUGAGUUUCUGUCCAAUAGCUCUUCUCUGUUCUUGCAGUUUCAUUAUGAUAAUGUUAGUCGUGAAUUAGCAUUGAGAUCAUCUUUGUGAGGAACUUGCUUAAGAGGAUUCUCACCUUCUAGGGUACCUCAGCUCUGGUCCUCUCAGAGAGGUAUUUUAUGAACAAAUUGUUGUUGAUAAACUGAUUUAAAGAUCUUUGGUGUUACUCAAAAGACUGAUGAGAUUAGAGGAUUCUUUUGUGUGCAAUUUUUCUUAUGAGAGGCCACCAAAGUUUAGAUCUUUUCAUAGGUUAGAGUGCUGAAGAGAUGGUAAUUUUCUUUAUUGAAUUCAUAAACUUCUGCUCUACUGUAGUAUAGAAUCUAGUUCUAGGUUUAUUGAGGAUGUUGAGAAUCAUUAUUGUUUAAUCAGGGUUGACAGGACUAUCCUAACAUUGCUUGAUGCCUCUUAGUUUUUGUAUUGUGUAUAAACAUAAUCUCACUUGUCUGCAAUGAUGUAGAAAGACUGUGGUAGUCGACUUAAUCACAUAU